UCUUGGCUCCCGGCGUGCCCUGCGCCGCCCGGGGCUGCCGGGAGCGCGCGCAGAGAGGCGUCCCGGAAGGCGGAAGUGCGGCGGCUUCCGGUCGGCGUGGCCGUGCGCGCGGUGACCGGCCUCCGAGUGUCCCGCUUUCCAGGUAACAUGGCUAAAAGCUUACGGAGUAAGUGGAAAAGGAAGAUGCGUGCGGAAAAGAGAAAAAAGAAUGCCCCAAAGGAACUCAGCAGACUAAAGAGUAUUCUUAAAAUGGAUAGUGAUGUUUUAAUGAAAGAUGUUCAAGAGAUAGCCACCGUGGUGGUACCCAAACAUUGUCAAGAGCAAACUCAGUGUGUAGUACAAGAUGAAAAAGAUGACAUGAAAAUGGAGACUGAAAUUAAGAGAAACAAAAAGAGCCUUCUAGACCAGCAUGGACAGUACCCCAUAUGGAUGAACCAGAGGCAAAGGAAAAGGCUAAAGGCAAAGCGAGAAAAAGGGAAGGGGAAAAGCAAAGCCAAAGCAGCAAAGGCAGCGAAGGGUUUGGCUUGGUAGACUCUUAAACACCUGGAAAAUCCUACGCGGGACUGGUCUUUGAUUAGAAUGUAUACACGGAUUUCAACUUCACCAAAUGAAAACUUGGUUUCCGUAUUUAACUUGGCCUUGCUCUUCAAUACAAACCCAACUUAACUCCUCAAAUUUGUUUUGGGAGCUUGAAUAAAAUAUUUUUUUGAUGAAUGAAAGCUA